CAAUUCAAAUCACUGAGACACCAGAAACAAGCUGCGUCAGUAACAUACAAGCACACACACACUGUUAGAGAUGAUGAUGUCCUCUCGUUUGCGUCCCUCACUCCCUCAUCUCUUGUCGCUGAGGCUACUGAGUACUGCGGCCUCCAGGACGGUGGAGGUCAAGCAGCCCGACCUUCUGUCAACGCCUCUGGCUUUUGAGGAUCCCAGUGCCUUCAGGGUGAAGAGUUUGGGUGAGCUGCUCCGUGCUCUGGGUAUCUUCCACCUCUGCUCCUUCCCUGCACUGGUUAACAACUGUGGGAAGUUGAUGUCUGCAUCACGCACCCUCCUGGGGAGGAGGGGGUUUUCCUUGCUGCUGCGGCCCACUGUGUAUGCCCAGUUUGUGGCCGGAGAGAACGAGAUUGAGAUCUCUCAGUCCAUGGAGAAGAUGAGCUCGCUGGGACUCAGGCCCAUGCUGGCAGUACCAAUCGAGGAGGAUCUGGGAGAAAGCACUGGAGAGAAGAGAUAUGAGGACAACAUGGAGGCUAUGUUGGAAUGUGUACGAAUGUCCUACAGCAACGCUUGGAGCAAAGACCCGAUGAUGCAGCUGAAGAUCACAGCCCUGCUCAGCCCGGAGCUGUGUGUGAAACUCACGACCCUCAUCGCACAACAACCAUACGACCUGAAUCUCCUUGUCAGAGCUAUGGAUGGAGAGCCAAUCAGCUUCCUUGGUUUAGAUGAAAGAGAAGUUGCCCAUUUCCUCUGUGGCCUGCAGAGACUCAACACAAUAGCAGAGGCAAGUGUGAACAAAGUCAGAGUCCUGGUUGAUGCUGAGUACACAUACAUGAACCCCGCCCUCUCUCUUGUCACAAUGGCGAUGAUGAAGAAGUUUAACAAAGAUGGCGCCUGGAUUUGGAACACAUAUCAGUGUUACCUGAAGGAGUCCAGGUCCCUCCUGUUAGAAGCUCUGCGUCUGUCCCAGGAUGAGAGUUUCUGUCUGGGGGUCAAGCUGGUAAGAGGAGCAUACAUGGACAAAGAGAGGAGGCUGGCAGAGAAAGAGGGUCGUCUAGAUCCGGUCCACCAGUGCUGGGAAGACACCAAUGACAGUUACAACAGCUUGCUGGAUGUGAUGCUGGAAGUCAUAUCACAGAGACCUGAGCGCUACAAGAUCAUAGUCGCCUCUCACAACGAGGGUUCAGUGAGACGAGCUGCCAAACGUAUGGAGGAGUUGGGGAUUGACAAAGAUGGAGGCUCAGUGUGUUUCGGCCAGCUGCUGGGCAUGUGUGAUCACGUCUCCCUCACACUGGCUAAGGAGGGUUAUGCCGUAUACAAGUCAGUGCCGUAUGGCUCAGUGGAAGACACACUGCCCUACCUGGUGCGUAGGGCUCAGGAGAACCGCACCGUGUUGCAGGGAAUCCGCAAAGAGAGGGACCUGCUUAGGCAAGAGCUCUACAGGAGACUGAGUCUGAGGGGAGGCAGCUAAUAGGCCACCAGCCCAGAGGGAAAACAGAGAAGAGGCACUGGUGUGGUCACAUUAAGGUUCCCAAUCAGGAAAUGGUGAAGAAUAAGGAAGACACAUGAGAACACUGUUGGCCAAAUGAACAACAUUAAAGUUUAAUUUCAUGUAGGCUUACACAUAUCUGUGAAGUGUUUAUAUGAAAGCUAUAAAAUAAAUUUACUUGCAAUUGGUAAAGUAGCUUUGAUCUAAAUAACUGUGUGCAACAAUAUGUUGUUUUAUUAGUUUGAUGGACAGCUUAUAAAAAUCCAUCCAUCGUCAACCGCUUAUCCUGUGUACAGGGUCGCAGGGGCUUAUAAAAAUAUGCAUUUCAAAUACAUGUAAUUUUUCUGAUGCACAAUAGAAACAGCAGUCAGUAUAUUUUGUUUUAUAAUAACUACAUAAAUGUAUGAGAUAAUACAUGAUGAUGAUCCAAAACCUGGUAAUGACAGCGUUGAAAAGGUUCAGUGUGGAUUUAAAAAACAGAUUUCCACCAGUUCUUGGAAGAUUAAACUUCUCAAGCUGCUCUGAAGCAACAACUAAUUAGUAACAAGAGAACACCAUGGUGGUGAAACAAGGACCUACUCUGUUUGCUGGUUAAUCUGUGCCUUUGAGUCUCACUGAUGUUUGGCUGCUUUGACUUAUUUACUUUCUGUGGUGAUUUUAUAAAUAUCAGUAAAUACAUUUAGAGAAAAAUAACUGUUCAAACAAGACGGGGAAAACUAUCAUGACAAAGGCUAUUUGUGUGUUUCUUUUGAGUUGCCUAAAUAAACAGUUUCUUAAUUUUUAAA